GGCUGCUGGGGAUCCCUGCGGGCUCAAGUUGCAAGGGGGCGGGCCCGGGCCGGAGGUGGAGUCUCCCGCCAAUUGAAGCCUCGGCUAUAAAUCGAGCUCCCGGCACAGCCGAACCCAGAUGCCUGGCCAGGCCGCCCUGCCGUUGGUGGGUGGGGAAGGUGGCGGGGGCCAGGGGGCUUUGGGGGCUGCAGCCACCAUGCUCCGCUCCCUGCUGCUUCACUCCCUGAGGCUCUGCGCCCAGACGGCCUCGUGCCUCGUGCUCUUCCCGCGCUUCCUCGGCACGGCCUUCAUGCUCUGCCUGCUCGACUUCCUGUGCAUCCGCAAGCGUUUCCUGGGCCGCCGCCGCCGGGGUCAGCCUGAACCCGAAGUGGAGUUCAACAGCGAUGGCGAGGAGGUGCCCCCCGACGACCCGCCUAUCUUCGUGUCCGACGACAACCGCCUGUGCACGCUGGCGUCGCUGAAAGCGGUGUGGCACGGCCAGAAGUUGGAUUUCUUCAAGCAGGCGCACGAGGGCGGUCCGGCUCCCAACUCCGAGGUGGUCCUGCCCGACGGCUUCCAGAACCAGCACAUCCUCGACUACGCGCGAGGGGACCGCCCGCUGGUGCUUAACUUCGGCAGCUGCACCUGACCACCAUUCAUGGCGCGCAUGAGCGCCUUCCAGCGCCUGGUCACCAAGUACCAGCGCGACGUGGACUUUCUCAUCAUCUACAUCGAAGAGGCGCACCCCUCCGACGGCUGGGUCACCACAGACUCCCCCUACAGCAUCCCGAAGCACCAAAGCUUGGAGGACCGGGUCAGUGCGGCGCGUGUGCUUCAGCAAGGUGCACCCAGCUGUGCUCUCGUCCUGGACACCAUGGCCAACUCCAGCAGCUCGGCCUAUGGCGCCUACUUCGAGCGCCUGUACGUCAUCCAGAGUGGCAUCAUUAUGUACCAGGGUGGCCGUGGCCCAGAUGGCUACCAGGUCUCAGAGCUGCGCACCUGGUUGGAGCGCUAUGAUGAGCAGCUGCACAGCGGUCAGCCUCGUCCAGUGUAAACAGCCAACACAGUUGACUGAGCCUGGCGGGCCGCGCCUUCGAGCCUUCGAAGCCCACGUGCCAAUGCCCCAAACGAAGUCAGAUUUGGUGAGGGCCCAGUGACACUGCUGCGCUGAGCCUCAGAGCUCAGGCUGGGUCUGAGUCCUCAGCCAAGCCACCUGAAGAUUCCCCCCCACCCCCACUCCGCUUCCGUGACUGUUCCUCGCCUGUACCUGCCUGGCUGGCUUUAAAUGCCCUUUCAAGUGCAAGUUUGGUGCCACCCUUUGUCUGUGAGCCCCUGGAUCUGUCUCUGCAGAGGCCCCUGCUGUGCUCUCUGGCAAGUCUUCUCCAGAAAAAAAGAGCCAGCGUUUCUUUAGCUAGGUGCAGCCUCCCCCCGCCCCCAAGAAAAAAGACCCUGGCUGUGCCCUCCUGCCCCCGAGCUCAGCUGGGUUCCAGCAACGCAUGCAGCUGGUGCAGCUCACCCUAGUUGCCUGGCACCCACACCUGCCGCAGGGGGUGGGGAUGCCCUGUUGCUUUUGUGUCUAAUGUCUUGUACCUGAAUCGGGGGAGAGGGUGCGGGGUGGGGAAGGGUGGGCAGAGUUGUUUCCCCCCUUGUUUUGGGUGCUAAUGAGCCCCACUGCU